ACUAACCUUCGUUCGCGGCUCAGGGGCAUAUGUAUGUCAUGCACAUGCGGCUGGCUUUGUUUAACUACAUCAUUAUAUUAAUAUAAUUAUUUUAUGCCGCUUUACUGCUCGACUGAGAGAUAUAUUAUUAUAAAUAUCAUUGUCCCCAGGAAAACUUCGAUGCCUGUAAUAAUAACCUACUGACAUAGCGAGGCCGAUUUAAUACCCCAACGACUCAUGGUCCUAUCAGUCAGGUUAGUAUUUCAGUAUGGCAAAUGCGGUGGACACGCCCCUGAUAUCACAUCAGGAAGAUGAUACGGCAGAUGACACCCAAUCUGAAAUCUCAGAUGCCGAAGACACGGUCAUUGAAUGGCCCGCCGGCCGUCCGGGCCUUUUCAUCUGGCUCUUAACUUUGUCUGCCGGCAUUAGCGGGCUUUUGUUCGGAUAUGACACUGGAGUUAUUUCCGCUACACUGGUUUCGGUAGGCACCUCACUCUCGGGGCGGGCAUUGACUUCCCUUGACAAGUCUGUCAUUACCUCUUGCACUUCUCUAUUUGCUCUCGCCGCCUCCCCAAUUUCCUCCGUCCUCGCCGAUUUCUUCGGUCGAAAGCCCGUCAUAUUACUAUCGGACUUGCUAUUUGUGCUCGGUGCUGUGGUACAGGCUCUAAGCUACUCUGUAUCUAACAUGGUGCUCGGGAGGUCGAUCGUGGGAAUUGCUGUGGGCGCCGCGAGCUUCGUCACGCCUUUGUACAUUGCCGAGCUCGCCCCACCUACCUACCGUGGUAGACUUAUCACGAUGAACGUCUUGUCGAUUACCUUGGGCCAAGUGGUGGCAUACGUGAUCGGUUGGAUCUUCGCCGAACACGGAGAUCCGUCUACUGGAUGGAGAUGGAUGGUCGGUCUGGGUGCCCUGCCAGCUGCUCUGCAAUGCGCACUUAUUCUGUUCAUGCCCGAGACUCCACGUUGGCUAGUCAAAGCUGGGAGAUCUACAGAAGCCGGUCGGAUUGUUCAGAAGACACUAGGGUCCGAUAAAACUUCCUACCGCUUAGUCGAUAGCGUGGUGAAGGGAAUUGAGAGGGAGAUCCGAGAGGAGCAAGGCCGUGCCGAAUUGACUGAUAACGGGGGCAAGCACCGAUUCCAAGGCUGGCAUGAGCUUCUCUCAGUACCGAGAAAUCGACGGGCUCUAAUCAUCGCGUGCCUACUACAGGGGUUACAGCAACUUUGUGGUUUCAAUUCGUUGAUGUAUUUCUCUGCGACGAUUUUUACCAUGCUAGGAUUCCCGAUACCGACACUCACAUCACUUACCGUCGCUGCCACAAAUUUUGUGUUCACCGUGCUUGCGCUGUUCUUAAUCGACCAAAUUGGUCGAAGAAGAAUAUUACUAUAUUCGAUACCCUUCAUGGUAUGUGGCCUUUUACUUGCAGCAUUCGGCUUUAGUUCGAUUAAGCUGCCAUCCGGAGAUGCUAGUUUAGGGGAUCAUGUGCCUGCAACCGACGAUAUGUCUUCUCCAUCAUCACAAAACGCGGCAGUUAUCAUUCUGAUAAGCAUCAUGAUCUAUGUGGCUUCCUAUGCUUUAGGCCUCGGCAACGUUCCCUGGAUGCAAAGUGAGCUGUUUCCACUUGGGGUACGAUCGCUAGGCAGUGGACUAGCGACAGCAACAAAUUGGAUAGCCAAUUUCAUCGUUGGGCUGACAUUUUUGCCCUUGAUGGAAUUGAUGUCCCCGUCAGUGACAUUCAGCUUAUAUGGUCUUGUCUGCGCGUUUGGCUGGUUCGCUAUCUGGAAGAUAUAUCCCGAGACAGCAGGAUUAACUCUUGAAGAAGCUACUUGCUUGUUAGAGAAUGGUUGGGGUGUGAAAUAAUCACACUACUACACUGUCCGACCUCAUACGUAGAAAAGGACGAUAUUUCAAGAGUCAAAUGACUUGAAUACCAUGGCCGAGUGACCCGAGACUGAUAUUUGAAACGUAGGCGGCUGACUUAAGCUUAUAUCGGCCGGCCUCUCCGUUUUGGGGAUAUCGUAUAAAUAACCUCUGGGAAGCUACCUAAUACUGGUAGUAUCAUUCUGCCACUAUUGAGUAGUGCUUAGGUACUAAUUAGGUAUUAUAUAUCAUCACAGCCACCGUCAAUUUUCUCACGAAGAUGUUGGUGGGUCAGAAGGUCGGGUUUAAAGACCGAAUUCACCGCUGCUCACGCGGGAUCGACUCAAGCUGUCGUUAGCUAAGGAUCGGGAUUCGCAACAAUCCGGAUCCACCAUUACAUAACUCACCGAUCGGGGGUUGUUUCUUUUCUUUUCUCGUUCUUCCAUGCGAGUAGGCAAGUAUUUAGUAGUUAGGCUCCUAUCAGUUAGGUCGUAUAAUUUCAAAAUAGAUACUAGAUUGACUCUUAGAACACCGUCUAGGCCCAACGAAUCAUUCAAUUUCUAUAACGUUGCGGGGAGCUGUGGAGCGUUGUAGCGGUGGCUUGAGUUGCGUACAUGCCUGGGACCCACCGUACGGAUGCUUGCAGCGCGGAUGUCAACGAGAAAGCCGG